UUUUUGCCCUAAUUCCCCAUUCCUCACCCCUCUCUCUCUCUCUCUCUCUCUCGCUCGCUCGCUCUUCGCCGAGCAUCAUACGGUGAGAGGCUGAGUCUCUCUCUCUCUAUCUUUCUCUCUCUAGAAGCUUCCACCUCGUCUCUCUCCCCCACAGGAGUAGUGAUAACUUAAUCGAGGCAUUGCGAUCCCUUGAAGAAUUGUGGCGGCCGUUAAGGAGCGAACAAACCCUGAUAAUUUGAUGUGGAAGCAGUUUGAUUCUUGGAGCUUUUUCUGUGGUAGUGGUUCAUGAAGAAAAAUAAGUCGGGAUGUAUUCAAAUUUCUCUAAGAUACGAGAUCAUUCAAUGAAUAAAGCAGGAUUCCUAACAAUAUAAUCUAAAUGGCGGAUGGAGAAAACGCAGCCCCUGCAUCUAAGAAGAGGGUUGCCGGGGUACAACUCUCCAAGGAUAAUCCUGAGGUUGAUGACGAUACUUCCGAGACCGAAAUGGGGACUUUUCAAAGAGCUAGCGAGGAAGUGAUGGCGACAAGAAGGAUAGUGAAGGUCCGCCGUCAUCAACAGCCGUCCGCUCCCUCGUCGAACCCUUUCGCCACCAUCAAAUUUGUGCCGCCUAACCUAGAAGAACAAAAUAAAGUAAAGAAUGAUACAGGGAGUGAGGCAAAUGGAACCGAAAGUGGUGCUUUGUUGAAUGAAAAGGAAGGGAAGGAAGAGAACAGUGGCCAGUCGGAAGAUACAACUAAUGAAGUAACAUCUAAAGGUGAUAGUACUCGACUUGCAGAAGGUGGUGAAGUGGAAAAUGGAGCGAAAGAGACUGUUGAUGAAGCUGAAGAAGAAGCAGGUGAGGAGACUAAGGCUGAGAGAACAGAACUAGAAAAAACUGAAGCAGAAAAGAGGGAAGCUGAGGAAGAAAAGAAAGAUGAAGAAGAAAAGAAGGAAGACGAAGAAGGGACAAAGGUAGAUGAAGACGAAAAGAAGGAUAAUCAAGAAGAAAAGAAAGAAAGCGAACAGAAAGAGAAAUCUGCGUCAGCAACGCCGUUUAGUUCUUUUAAAGAAAUGUCAAGUAGCCAAAAUGCCUUCACUGGCUUUGCGGGAACUGGAUUUUCGGCAUCUGCAUUCUCCUUUGGAUCAGUUUCCGGUGAAGGAUCGACAUUUGCGGGUUCUGGACCUCUCUUUGGCCUUCAGAAAGAUAAUGCAUCUUCUUUUUCUUUUGGUUCAGGUACUUUAAACAAUAGUAUUUCUGAACCAAAUAAAAGCAGCACGGUCUCUAUGCAGCAAGUACCUGUUGAAACCGGUGAAGAGAAUGAAAAAGCAGUAUUUACUGCAGAUGCUGUAUUAUUCGAGUAUUUGGAGGGAGGGUGGAAGGAAAAAGGAAAGGGUGAGCUCAAAUUGAACGUAUCUAAAUCAAGCGAUGAAAAGGCGAGGCUUGUUAUGAGGGCGAAGGGUAUUUACAAGCUUAUACUUAAUGCGAGUCUCUACCCUGACAUGUCACUGAAGGAUAUGGACAAGAGAGGGGUCACUUUUGCGUGUCUGAAUAGUGCGGGAGAAGGGAAGGAAGGGCUCAAUACAUUUGCUUUGAAGUUUAAGGAUAGCGGUAUAAGAGAAGAGUUCCGUGUAGCUGUGGCGGCGCACAAGGGUGAGAAGGGUCUGGUACUGAAGACACCUGAGAACUCUCCAAAGGCAUCUGAUGAGUAAAGAAUCACACUAGUGCUUCUGAGAUGAAUCUCUCAGAAACAGGUGUCUGUUGUAAACACUGGUGGAAUUCUUGCUUCCUUUUUUUUCGUCUUUUGGAUGUUGUAUGGCGCCUUAAGGAUGUUUUGUUGCUAUAGCUUCAAGCUCUCUCUCUAAGUCUUAGAUCUAUUUUGAACUAUCUUUAGUUAAAUUCCUCUCCUCUGAAGAGUACGAGUGAAGGUUAACAGUUGCACAUUUUGCCGCUUUAUUGUAUUGUACUUGAGUAUCUUUGAGAAAUAUAAGGGUACAAUAUUUUGUAUCAUUAGCAUGUGGUUAUAGACUAUAAAUUGUGGAA